UCGUCUUUACGACGGAAGCGGUGUUGUUGACAACCCGGACGGCGCGACAAUGGCCACCGAAGUGCGGCAGGAGCUCGCACAGUUGAUGAAUUCAUUUGGCUCCCACAAAGAUUUAUCGGCCAAAUACAGACAAAUCCUGGAAAAAGCUGUCCAGUUCACAGAUGCAGAUCAACUUGACUCCUUGAAGGCCUUUGUUGAAGCAAUGGUCAAUGAAAAUGUAAGUCUUGUCAUCUCAAGACAGCUGCUCACAGACUUCUGCACGCAUCUACCCAACCUGCCAGACGCUACGGCCAAGGCGGUGUAUCAUUUCACCUUGGAGAAGAUUCAGCCAAGGGUAAUUUCCUUUGAGGAGCAGGUGGCAUCCAUCAGACAACACUUAGCGACUAUUUAUGAAAAGGAGGGCGAUUGGAGGAACGCCGCCCAGGUUUUAGUUGGCAUUCCUCUGGAAACGGGGCAGAAACAAUAUAAUGUGGACUACAAGUUGGACACCUACCUGAAAAUAGCCCGUCUCUACCUGGAGGAUGAUGACCCAGUGCAGGCUGAGGCCUACAUCAACAGAGCCUCCUUGCUUCAGAAUGAAUCCUCCAAUGAACAGCUGCAGAUACACUAUAAGGUGUGCUACGCCAGAGUCCUCGACUUCAGGAGGAAGUUCAUCGAAGCGGCACAGAGAUACAACGAGCUGUCUUACAAAUCCAUCGUCCACGAGAGCGAGCGUCUCGAGGCGCUCAAGCAUGCGCUCAACUGCACCAUAUUGGCCUCCGCAGGCCAGCAACGUUCCCGAAUGUUGGCCACCCUCUUCAAGGACGAGCGCUGCCAGCAGCUAGCCGCGUACGGAAUCCUGGAGAAGAUGUACCUGGACCGCAUCAUCCGGGGAAACCAGUUGCAGGAAUUUGCCGCCAUGCUCAUGCCUCACCAAAAGGCCACCACGGCAGACGGCUCCAGCAUCUUGGACAGAGCUGUGAUUGAACACAACCUGCUUUCCGCUAGUAAACUCUACAACAACAUCACCUUUGAAGAGCUUGGAGCACUUUUGGAAAUCCCGCCAGCCAAAGCUGAGAAGAUUGCAUCACAGAUGAUCACUGAAGGACGCAUGAACGGCUUCAUCGAUCAGAUCGACGGCAUCGUGCACUUUGAGACACGAGAGCCGCUACCCACGUGGGACAAGCAGAUCCAGUCGCUGUGUUUCCAAGUCAACAACCUCCUGGAAAAGAUCCGACAGGCGGCUCCCGAGUGGGCCGCCCAAGCCAUGGAGACCCAGAUGAGUCAGUAAAACAUCAUCCCACCUCCAGCUGCCCUUCUUUUCGUUUUGUCUUCCCGUUCAAAAGCAUCGUCGCAAGGUGCGCCAGAGGAAGUGACUUCCUCCACCGUUCACAUGCCCCUCUGAAUAUUCCGAUGGCCCGCUUUUACAGUGACUCAUAUUUGCGUCGACCACACAAGUGCUCCGGGUGUGUAAGCGUUGGCGUUUUAUUGGGCAAUAUGACAAAACACAGUGUUGACAUGGAACAAGAUUAAACGUGCACACGGCGAGUGGCUCAAUUUGUUCUUUUUCAACACACCAAAAACUGGAUUUCAUCAAAUACGGUUAUCACCCACUAUGAUUUUUGAAUACAUCAAUUUCAGCUUUGCAAUCCUAACGUUUCAUGAACAUAAUCUAUGUGUUUUUGUUAUAAUCAAAGACAUUUUAGAGUCUUAAGCAACAGUGAACCUGAUUCUCUGAUUCUCAAAAGUUAAAAUUCGUAUGCAAAGUUGUGAA